AUGGAUUCUGAUGGCUUCAUUCAGCCUAAAAAUACGGCCAGGCCAUCAAACCUUCUUAAAUAUAAUGUUGAUAUUAAUGUUAGUAAUAAGUUUAAUGCUUUGAGUGGAAACGAAAACAUGGAUGUGCAGGGUGAGCAAGAGGUUGUUGAAAUUCUGCCCCCUAAAGGUAAACCAAUAAUGAUAAAGCCCAAUAUUAAAUUCUCGGAUAUUGUAAAGCAACUUAAAACAGAUACCAAACCUGAUAUUGUAGCAAAAGUAAACGGAGAAUUUCUUAAAAUUUUUGCAAAAUCUGAAUCUGAUAACAGAGAUAUUCCGCGUUACCUUGAUGAACAUACGAUUGAUUACUACCUAAUUGUUAGUAAAACAGAGAAACCUGUUAACGUAGUUUUUAGGGGUCUCCCUAUCGAUUGUCUAAAGGACGAAAUUCAUGAAGAGCUUGAGGCGUUAGAGUAUAAAGUCAAAAAGGUGUCUCAGAUGCACCGGGUAAAAUCUAAUGUACCUAUGCCACUUUUCCAAGUGCAGCUGGAAAAUAAGCCCAGUGUUGAUAAGAUCUAUGAUUUGACAUAUUUUAUGUGUUUCUAUGUUUCUGUUUCUGCAUAUAACACCUUUGGAAGUGUUGUGCAGUGUCACAACUGCCAACACUUCCACCAUUCCGCCGAAAAUUGUAAACUCAAGCCCCGCUGCGUUAAAUAUGCGGGGCCUCAUAAGACCGAAAAUUGUAAAGCCAAAAAAAUUGAAUAUGUGUUAUGUUGUAACUUUACUGACUUUGAAAAAAAUGAUAGUACUGAUGUUGAUAAAAUAGUACUGUUUUUGUCAUUUCCAAUGAUAAGAAUGAAACUUAUUGCAAAAACUGUAACCCCAGGCGUUAGCUAUGCUAGCACACUCAAACGUAGAUUUCCUGUUUCAGCUUCCAAGCUGGACAGUAACAAAGAUGAUAAUAAUGUUAAAAAUAUGAAGGAUACAGCUAAGGGCACAGAUCCCAAUGCUGUUAUGGAUAUUUUUAAAUUUUUAAAAGAAUUGGUUGAUAUAUUUAAGGGUUGUUCCAUUGCUUUAUCAACAAAAUUACUAUAA